AUGUCUUCUUCAACUUUUUGCUUUUUAAUUGUAGCUGCUUUAAUUGCCCAGAUUGUGGUUUCUGCACCUCCACCUCCUGCUGAUAAGACAGUCGAUAAGAGACAUGCCACAUGCUGUGCUCCAGUUUAUGCAGCACCUGUUUAUGCGGCACCAGCUUAUGCCCCUGCUUAUUAUGCUCCUGCUGCCCCAGCAAGCUCCAGCUUCGUUUCUGGAGGUGGAGCAAGUGGAGGAGGAGGAAUCCAAAGCGUAAUUGGUGGAGGAUAUGGCCUUUCUGGAUCUUCCUUUGUUGCUGGAGGAGGCGGCAGUGGGGGAGGUAUUCAAAGCGUUAUUGGAGGUGGCUCUUCAUUUGUAGCUGGGGGAGGUGGGUACGGAUAUGGACAUGGAGGAUACGGUUAUGGUGGAUAUGGAUAUGGAAGACGUUAA